GUCUAUAAAUUACUAUGUGUAACAAUGAACUAAUGCAACACAACACACCAUAAUAUUAACCUAGCUAGCUUUCAAUUCAUUCAAGCAUUAUGGCUUAUGUUAAGCUCUCUCUUUUGCCUCUCUUCUUGCUUGCCACAUUAGUAAUAAUGUUUCCGAUGAAGAAGGUAGAGGCAGAUUGUAAUGACAAGAUUUGUAGUUUUCAACGGUCAACAUGUGGUGCUGGUUGUUUAUGUUUACCCGGGAUUGAUUAUUGCAUGAACCUAUCAUUAGUUAUGAAGAUAGUGAAGAAACACCCUAAAUUAUGUGAGUCUCAUGCAGACUGCACAAGAAAGGGAAGUGGGAACUUCUGUGCUUAUUAUCCAAAUUCGGAUGUUAAAUAUGGCGUGUGUUUUGACUCUAACUCUCAUGCAGAAGCCUCAUUCAAGAAUGCCCUUAGCUCUGAAUUCUCAAACUUGUUGAAGAUGCCCUCAGAAGUUUCCACUUAAUAUGUACAUCAAAAACCAUCCAUGCAUGCAUGGUCUCUCUAUCUACUUAAAUAAAAUUGUUUCAUAUGUCUUUGUUUCCAAGUAUGGUUGGAUUUCUUAGACAUUUUGAGUUCAAAAAUAAUAUAUGCAUGUGUAUGGGGUAUGUACUUCUAUGUUAUUAGUUUGUAAGUAAUGCAUAAUUAAACUCUGAUAUUUAUUUGUGUAUUGGUUGGUCACUCGGUGUAUGUUCAAAUAUUAAGUCUAAAUAAAAUUUGUGUAUUUGUUGGCGUUUGUCGGAGAAAUCGGACCCCUGC